CCGGUCAGCUGGGUUCCGCGUCCAGGCGGCUGCCGAGCAUCCCGGGCGGCGCGAACGGCCCAGCCAUGUCUGCAGCCAUGAGGGAGAGGUUCGAUCGGUUCCUGCACGAGAAGAACUGCGUGACCGACCUCCUGGCCAAGCUCGAGGCCAAGACCGGAGUGAACCGGAGCUUCAUCGCGCUCGGUGUCAUCGGACUGGUGGCCUUGUAUCUGGUGUUCGGUUAUGGAGCCUCUCUGCUCUGCAACCUGAUAGGUUUCGGAUACCCUGCCUACAUCUCGAUGAAAGCCAUCGAGAGUCCCAACAAAGAUGAUGACACCCAGUGGCUGACGUACUGGGUGGUGUACGGUGUGUUCAGCAUUGCCGAGUUCUUCUCUGACCUCUUCCUGUCCUGGUUCCCCUUCUACUACAUGCUGAAGUGCGGCUUCCUGUUGUGGUGCAUGGCCCCGAGCCCGUCUAACGGGGCCGAGCUGCUCUACCGGCGCAUCAUCCGUCCUGUCUUCCUGAAGCACGAGUCCCAGGUAGACAACGUGGUGAAGGACGUGAAAGACAAAGCCAAAGAGACCGCAGAUGCCAUCACUAAAGAAGUCAAGAAAGCUACGGUGAACCUACUGGGAGACGAGAAGAAGAGCACCUGAGCCUGGCUGACGGCCCUACCCGCUGUGGGUCACUCCCCAGCGCUCCGCGUCACACUGGGGACAGUGGCACAGGCUAUGACUAUGUUGCCUUGGAGACCUUUUGAUGUAUUAAAAAUGGAAUGUGUUGUAAGCUGUUUGCUUUUAUUGUCAUAUAUGUAGGGAGCAUUUUCAUUUAAAUCUAACACAGUGAACAAUAUCUAAACAUUUUUAAAUAUUUUGCUGAGUAGGAAGACAUGCCACUAUACUCCAAACAACUGGAAAUGGAUGUCCAUAAGCUUUGCUCUGCAGGGCUCCCCUGCAUGCAUUUUCUGGUACUGACAACUAGGAAAUUAUGAUUCUACUUUGUGUGGUGUAUGGUUUUAUAGUUCUGUGUUUUUAGUGUGUUUGUGUAUAUAUAUUUGUGCGUAUAUACAGGGGAAUGUUACUGCUUGCUUGGCUAGAACAUGCAUAGUGCUUGAGAGGAAGAGGCCAGAAGAAGGUAGUGUGGCCCUGUAACCUGUGAGGCACCUGCUAAGGCUGAAGGUGCUGUUCUCAUGUGUGAGCGUCCAGGUAACAUUGCAGCUGAGUAACACAUGGACGGGCACAGUAAGAUGUGACGCAGCAAGGAAGGUGGCCGUGUCAUGUUCUGCAUGCCCGGACAGUCUGUCGAGCAGGUGCCACACUAGUGGUAAAUGGAAAUAUAUGCCCACACCGGUGAUCAACUCCGGCUCCCUGCAGAAACGGUAAUAGCAUCUCACCUGCUGUACAUUUGUCCGGUUUUGAUGCUGAAAUGUCAACCAUUCCUGUUUCACCUUCAAAACUGGGCAGCAAGUGUCUUAGUCUCUCCUCUCUCCAUACUCUGUUAAAACCAACUCAAGGUACCUCAUAGACAUGCCCGCUUCUGCUUCCAGCUUCCUUCGUAGUGCGUUCUGCAGGGACCCUGUCACCGCUUCCCGCGGCGCAAGUGGAUGUCCAUGGGAGAAGGUCUGAGUUGACCUCUGCUUGCCCAUCUUUCCCAGCACAACUCAGAGAAUGGAAAAUGGCUUGAGCUUGUGUCUGGCUGGAGGCAAAGCAUUUAUUUGCAUCUGAGUGAUAUUCAAAGGCAUGUAAAGUACAGAAUUCCUACUAAAUAUUCCAGACAGUUAGUGCGGCAGUCAUUUCCCUGCCUCAGCCAUUCAGAUGAGCAUCGCUGCUGUUCUGGGGAAAGAGCCCUCUGUCCACACCUGCAGAACGUGAUCAUAGUCAUUACGUAAAUACUGCCUGUCCUCCUGGUGUGCUCCACCAGACAGAAGUGCUUGUGCUGCAUCCCUUCCUCUGUGUUCCCAGACUCCCUUGUUGCCUGAACCUCGAGAGUCCUGACCUGUGUGGACUGUUCUUUCCUGUGCGUGUACAGCUGUGACAGUUUAUUGAUUGAACAAAGUAAGAAUUAGAGAAGAAUUACGACAAUACACUCUAAUAAAGAUUAUGUUUAUCUGGUCUCAAAGUA